UAGAGCUAACAAGGACUUCGGUACCUGUGGAUAUAAGUAGAACUUCCUGUACGAAUUCCGCCAUGUUGAGGGUCUGUGAGAAACUCCGUGAGGCGGACGCGAAGGGCAGGAGGUACGGACUAGCCCGUGCGGAGACAGGCUACCUCCGUGCCCUGGUGGACGCCGUGGCUGACAAGGACAGGCUGGCGGAAGUGGAGCUUCUCAAAAGUCUGGGCGACGUGAACUUGGAGAAGGGAAGACUCGAGAAGGAUGUAGGGAGGUUCAACAUGGCCUUGGCGCUUUACGUGGCUGCUAUGGUCCGGUGUGGCUAUCGGGAUCAGGGGGAUGGUAUAGAACACCGAUACGAAUACGCGGAGAGACUUUUACAAGGGGUGACGUCAAAGGGGUCACAGGGUCAGGAACCACAAACUGAAGACAAGGAGACGACUACACCUGCAAAGGUGGCUCUGAAGUUUCAAAACCUCGACAAGAAACGGGCUGCCGGUGGUAACACAGACUCCAUGCUGGUUGGAUACGCACAAUUAAUAGUAGAGGGAAUAGUAAACGAGAACAACAUGUUAGAAACAGAAGCGAUCAAAAGCCUCGGUGACGUGUACCUGAAAAGAGGAACAGAAACUAGAGACACUAGAAACUUGACCAGAGCUACUGCUCUGUACAACACGGCACUGACGCGGUGUAACAACGUUCAGGGAACAGUUGCCAUUGUCCACCGCUUGCUGUACACAGCAAAAAUCAGACAGGACAUCACCACAAAAAGCAUAAAGAAGUCAUCUCAAACAGAACGACAACAAGACGUGCAAAAACGAAAGGAUCACACCUCUCCCUUCUCAACUGCAAUCUCAAGUGACAACACUAAUGACCGAAUGCGCCGUCCACACAGUAUCCCGGAAGUACAAACAGUUGAAACCUCGACAGGAGUCAACGAUGACAUUGUAUACGAAGAACAUCUACAGGAUGGCUGCAGGGCCCUGCAGACUGGAGACCUGGACAAGGCAGAACAAAGUUUUGCAGCUGCGCUCAAGUCUGUUCAUAUCCAAGGUCAACACAUGGAAGAGGUAGAGACCCUGUACAUGUUAGGCAAAGUCUAUCUCAAGAGAGGAAUCCAGUCAAAGGACGGAGGCGACUUCACCAAAGCUGCAGCACUCUGUAAUGCAGCACUGGUAAGAUCGAGUAGAGAAGAUAUUGAGGAAGCAAUGAAGGAAAUAACUCAUGCAUUUGUUAAGGAAGUCCUAAAGAUCGAACAGAAGGUAGACAGUGAUGAUACAGAGAAACACAAAUUGAUGUUGAAGGCGGAUAGGGGCUAUGUACAAGAAGAGAUCGCAAGAAUUGAACAAGAAGUAGAUCCUUAUAGCCUUGAUGACGAGGACCCAAAGAUAAAAGAUGUCGAGAUUAAGAGAGUGGAAGCAAUCAAAGCAUUGUGUCAGACACUAGUUCAUCAGCGUGAAGUGUUCAUAGCUGGCCUUGUAGAUGAAUGCAUGGGGGUAAUGCGCCCCCCUCCCUGUAAGUACGCCAUGAUAGGUUUGGGUUCACAAGCCACAGGAUUGGUAACACCCUACUCUGAUCUGGAGUUUGCCCUUUUGGUAGAUAAGGAAACUGAAGAAAAUGUUAGUUAUUUCCGUAACCUCACACAUUAUCUGCAUCUGAAGGUGAUAAAUUUAGGUGAGACCAUCCUCCCUGCCAUGGCGAUUAAGUCUCUUAAUGAUUUCUACUCAGACGACCCGCUGCACAACUGGUUCUAUGACUCAGUAACACCGCGCGGUUUUGCGUUCGAUGGAGCCAUGCCACAUGCAUGCAAGACUCCCUUGGGCAGGGGUAGAAACAGCCGGGGAACAAGCGAACUCAUCCGCACACCAAGCAAUAUGACCAACGUUCUGAAAGAAGACCUUACUCUCCAUUUAAAGAAAGGCUACCAUCUUGCUAGUAUACUGGGAAAUGUGUCUUUUAUCACAGGAGACCAGGGAUUGGUAGAUGAGUACAGGUCGUUAUGGGCUCAGCAACUUCAAAACAAUAAUAGGAGUUUUUCUCGAGUCAUGGCAAACAAUUUACUGGGUGAAAAUAUAUCGACUUUUCAAACUCAGGCUCUCACAGCCGAACUGCGGAAUGUUAAGACAGAAAUAUAUCGGUUUUCAAGCCUUGCAGUGUCCUUUUUGGCACUACUUCAUAACAUACAACCGACUACAAUCUGGGAAACUAUCCAGCAGCUAAGAAACAGUGGAGUCAUCGAUAGUGAGAACUUACACCACCUGAUGGUGCUAGUCAGUAUAUCAGCAGAACUGAGGCUGCGGACAUACAUGAGCAAUCGUGGUCAGGUAGAAAACAUGUCAGUCUUAUGGUCAAUGUCGACCGUUACGGGUAUUGAAGAGAAAUUGCAGAAAGUGUUUUACAUCUCAAAUCCAAAACAACUCAUGAGAUAUUACUAUACAGAAAGACCCCUGAAGCACUUUUUAUCACAGUUGACCGACACUCGGUCGCUAAUAGAACCACCAAUUUUCUUUGACAAUUCUUCAGAGCUGAAAGCAAAGGGUUACGGCCAAAGGGACCUGCAGACGGGACAAGCUGUGGACAACAGGACUCUCUUCGGAGUCGGCUCCAUCUCCAAGUCCUUCACCUCAGCCCUGUUAGCGGCCAUUCAGGGACCAGUUCCGUACCGAAGAAGCAACCAUACGAGACCUCCUGGCCCACAAAACACCAUCGGGACAAAUUUGUGUCAGAAUGGCACCCUCGACGAGCACCGAAGCAAUGGCUACAGACGGGUUUAUCAUCGUGGAUCUAUGGUAGGCUUCACAUCUAUACUGUCCCUGUAUCCUUCCGCGUCAGGGGGCGUCUUCACCUCCAUGAACGGUCCAACCACAGCGGCCAAUGACAUCCAUGACGCCAUCCACUACCAGGUCGCAGAUAUUCUGACAGGAAAGGACCACUGGCUGAAUUCUACCACAGCCUGCACGUAUCCUGCACCUUGGUGGAAGUCACGACAGACCGGGCGCACAGCCGUCCCUAAAAUCUCGCCCAACUUCCCGCGAGACAAACGUGACUACGAGGGUGUCUACGGCAACCACGCGACAGGCAACAUGACGAUAACCCUGAACACGACCGACAACAAGUUAUACUUCAGUCUUGGUCUGAUCGGACAUGGUCUAGUUCUUCCUACUGAGUCAGCUAACCAAAUUCUCCUUCGGGCUGAAGAGCCUUUAGCGUAUAUCCCCACUAUUGUUGCCGAUGUACAAGUCAAAGGUGGCAACAUAUUCUCUUUAUCGCUACAAAGCUAUCCUCCCGAACCGCCUGUACUGUUCGGGCGAGGCCUGCAGCUGACAGACCCGGACCCUACAGAGCCGGGGUGGGACGACUUUACAGGUGUCUCCGGCUCUCCGGACCGCACAGCUUUGAGUAACACAUUCGCCUUCUUGCGCUUUCCACACCACCUGACCCUGAUUCUCGUUGUUGUCCCGGCUUGUGUCCUGGGUCAGUCCGCCUGUGACCGGCUGACUAUCUUCAGCAGGGCGGGCUGGGGUGCAGUCCCGGCAAAGUCCACCACCCCGCUCAGCCACCCGACCCGAAAGGCUGUGAUUCACCACAGUGACAUCUACUGGACGCACCUGUUCAACUGGGGAGGGUAG